GCCUUCUGAAACGAUGUCCAGAUCAGGCGAUAUACCAGGUAGGGCUGGGGAGCAGUGAGAGUGGGCCUUCUGAAACGAUGUCCAGAUCAGGCGAUAUACCAGGUAGGGCUGGGGGGCAGUGAGAGUGGGCCUUCUGAAACGAUGUCCAGAUCAGGCGAUAUACCAGGUAGGGCUGGGGGGCAGUGAGAGUGGGCCUUCUGAAACGAUGUCCAGAUCAGGCGAUAUACCAGGUAGGGCUGGGGGGCAGUGAGAGUGGGCCUUCUGAAACGAUGUCCAGAUCAGGCGAUAUACCAGGUAGGGCUGGGGGGCAGUGAGAGUGGGCCUUCUGAAACGAUGUCCAGAUCAGGCGAUAUACCAGCCCUGGAGUCUGGGAGCUCAGAGGGGCAACUGGGAGGCCUGUCCCUACCUGUUGGCAUGACCCGCCGUGCCAUGAGCUAUGAUGACAACAUGGAGGCGCCCAUGUCGCCGCCUCCCUCUGAUAUCAACAUCAACAACCUGUGGGCGAAGAGGCCCGUCGUCCCACCCAGGAGGUUCCGUCAUCAGGCUGAGGAGGAUGAAUCUGGAAGUACCCUAACCCAUGCUGCGCCUUUUGACCCUGGCCACAGGCCAAAUAUGCCUGUCGUGGUGAAGGCCAAAGCAUCCUCCGUCAUCAUCAACUCUCUCAUGACCAAGCAAACCCAGGACAGCAUGUACAGGUUUGAGCAGCAGGCUGGGCUGAGAGACACUGGGUACACCCCCCAUAAGGGCCUCACUGCUGAGGAGACCCGCCACCACCACCGCAUGCCUGAGUCAUUCCAAAAAAUGAACAUUCAAACUGUGGAUAUGGGAGCGGGACAUAAGGGAGGUCAUGAGGACAAGCAUACAUCAUCUGCUCAGUCCACCCCUAAUAGCACUCCUCAGAGCUCACCUAAACAGAACCGCAGGGGCUGGUUGUCCAGCCAGAGCUCGACAGCAUCUGUCAGUAGCUCAGACCUCAGUACCAGCUCUAACACCAGUGUGGACAUGGGUGCCGGUGAGGGGGGAGGAGCAGUCGAACGCUGGGGUAUCUUCGGACCACGUCCGGUUGUUCAGAAAUCCACUACCGACCCAGGGGGUUUUGCUCUCCAGUCGCACCGCGGGGCCCAGAAGCCCACCCCCAUGGAGGUGAUGAAGGCUCAGGCCACUCGGCUGGCUCUUGACCCUGCUGUUAACCAACAGGCCCCUCCCAAGAUGGAGAUCCCCAUCACAGAGAGCAGUAGACUGUCAGCACAGCCACACAAGCUCAAACCUCGAGACAUAAAUAUCCUCACGCCCUCAGGUUUCUGAGACGUUCCAUGUUGUCACUACUCCUUCAUUUUGUAGCUGGUCUACCAUCUAGUCCAAGGCUCUCCAACUCUGCUCCUGGAGAGCUACCGUCCUGUAGGUUUUCACUCCAACCUGAUUCAGCGUAACAACCAGCUAAUUAUUGCAAUCAGGACAGUGGUGCUCCAGGAACAGGGUUGGAGAGCCCUCUGGUCUAGACUAUUCUCUCCCUACUUCUAUUAUUUAACACCCUUGUUUUGCCUCAGCCUUUUGCCUUCUAAUAGAACCGUGUAUAUUUACUUUGUAUGUAUGGUCCGACUGUGAAGAUGUUCUGAUUCAUGGUGUUGCAAAGUGUAACUCUCACUGUUUUGACAAAGACCGUAAAAGUCACACUGUGUUCAUGGUUUGGUCAUUCAUUUGGCUUGUGAGUCUCAUUCAGAAGUACACUAUCACGAGCUUUUCAUUGUCUGCAGAUUUCUGUAAGAUGUAAUGAUUCACAUGUGUCAUGUCUUCAAGAACAUUAUGGUGAUUAUUGUUCACCCUCAAGGAAGUGUUUUUUUUGUUUCCGUGUUUCCGCAUUCCUGCUGUCAAGUCGACCGUUUUGAAGUUGAAACACUGUCAGUAAAACCCUGCAACAGAAUGUUAAUAACGUUGCAUAUUAAUCAGAGAACUGUUACUAUUUGACUGACACCUGUUCAGGUAUUUUCACUUUU